GGCACCGCCGCAGCCGGAGAUGGCAGCGGAGUCCACCAUCCCCAUCUGGCAGAACAAACCCCACGGCUCAGCACGCAGCGUUGUCAGGAGGAUUGGAUCAAAUCUCCCUCUAAAGCCCUGCCCCAGAGCAACCUUCGAGGUUCUCCCAAAUGUUUCAGAGCUGUAUUUAAAUGAUGUCCCUCCAGUCCCCACCUUGGCAGACAUUGUGUGGAUAGCAGCAGAUGAUGAGGAGACCUAUGCUAGAGUCAGGAGCGACACUCGGCCGCUGAAGCACAAGUGGAAGCCAAGUCCCUUCACUGUCAUACAGCGAAAUGCUUCAGUCCCCAACCUGAGGAAGCAGGAGGAGAAGCUGCUGGCCCUGAAGAAACCUGGUUUGCCAGCACUGAGCAGAACAACAGAGCUCCAGGAUGAGCUGAGUCACCUCCGGAGCCAGAUCGCCAAAAUAGUGGCUGCAGAGUCAGCUUCUGCUUCCUUCACACCAGAUUUGUUAUCUCCAGGAAGUUCAAAUGCAUCUUCUCCCUUGCCUUGCUUUGGACCUUCUUUCCAGUCUACAACUUCCUUUGUCAUCAGUGACAUCACUGAGGAGGAGGCAGAGCUGGAAAGCCCUGAGCUGCCCUCGGUCUCCAUGCUUUGCUCUGCCAGCUCUGAGUGUUUUAAAGCAGAGCCAAAGGAUCCUGAGGAGGAGGACUCUGUGUCUCUCUCCAAGGCCAGCAGCUUUGCAGACAUGAUGGGCAUUCUGAAGGACAUUCAGAGGAUGAAGCAGAGCAAAGAUCUAAACAGAACACCAAUGAAGGAGGAGGACCCAGCUGUGCUUAUAGCAGAAGUUCUGAGAAGGAAAUUUGCUCUGAAGGAUGAAGAUCUGGCCCUGAAGGAGAAGUGAUGGCUCAGUCAUUAAACUCUGUAAGCAAAAGUGUUAUGCUCCCAAGUCUCCUCCACUGUAGCUGCCUUCCUAAGGACUGAGCCUUCUGCCUCUUCUCUGAGUUAGGAAAUGGAUCCUGCCCUGGACAUGGGCUGGGAGAGGCCCUGCAGGUUUGGAUGCCCUGCAGGUUUUUGAUGUGGUUUCCAUGAAUUUGUUCUAUUUAAGAAAAACCAAACCAAACCAAACCACUUUUUAAGAAGCUGGGAAUUCUUUCCCACCUGUGUUUUGAUGUUGAUUAUUGCUAGGGAUCUUCUCAAGAGUGCAAUGAGUGCUGCUGGACAAAAGUUCUUUCUACCUACACUUCUUUUCCUUAGGUUCCAAUUAAGCAUUAACUUAGCAGGGCCUCAUUCCACUGUAACCAGUUACCAUUUCCAGUAGAACCCAGUGUCCAACAUCCAGUUCUUUCCCUGUUGAGUGUGGUACAGAAGCUACUGAGAAUAAGCUAAUUAACGUGUCCUGGUCUGUAGUGUUUAGGAGGUUGUUGAAGCAGUGGUGAAAAGAAGUCUUCUUGUCUGCCCCAGAGGUGGGCUGAGGCCACAGGGGGUGGUCAAGGGCUGCUGGCUUUGGUGUGCCCUUGGUGUCCCCUCACUCCCCCCACUUGCAUGACAGAAUGGCCUUAAUUUCCUGGCAGCAAUUCAGUGUUUCCUGACUAGUUCUUGUGUUCAGAGACUGUAUUUUAGUUAGCAUUCAAAAAGGUCUAUUUAUUGAACCACCACCACCACCCCCCAUGCUGAGAGCCCAGCACCUGCCACCAGAGCUUUCACCCCAGCAGAGGUAGGAAGGCACUUGGCCUUGCCUGUGGCUGUCACUGACCCAAGGGGUUUCCUGCAGCUCCACCUUCUCUGCAAUGUUCCUCAUGGCUGUAUUCAAAGUAUGAAUUGU